GGAGGGAGGCGCGCAGAGGGUGCAGAGCGGAGCGGAGAGGAGGUUGGACCGCCAGGGAGGCCCCGCCCCGCCCCUCCAAGCCGGCUCCUCGCCGCCUCCAAACCAGCUCACUUUGCCUUUCGCCUCUGGACGGCCGCGGGGCGGCUGCCGAGCCUCGGCUGACGGGAGCGUCGGGGACCUGGGAGCCAUCCCACACCGGGGCCUCUUCGCGGCACCCGCUCCCCUCAAGGGGAAGGGCAUCGCUGCCUUAGAGAGGCACCCCGGCCUCGGAGGGGGCAUCCCCUGUGCGCGAGGGGCGGUGGCGCUGACACAGCCUCUUCCCGGCUAGUGGGGCGCAGCGCUGGCUUUUAAGGGGACUCUCCGGCUACCCACAAGUACUGCCGCGCGGAAGGCGCGUAGCUAGCAGCGAGGCUGGGCUGCCAAGCAGGCUAGAACCCGGAGCGGCUCCCCAGCCAGCGCAAGGCAAGAGCGAAGCCCCGAGGGAGAGGGAGCCUGAUAGCCCGUCGCCCCCGACGGCGCGCUCUCCGGUCUGCAAAGAGCAGCCAAGCCCCGUGUGGCGGCUGGGGGGCGGCGGCGGUGCCCCCGGGCCGAGGGGCCCCGGGGCGGCCAGCCAUGACCUUCGGGCGCAGCAGGGCGGCCUCGGUGGUGCUGAACGUGGGCGGCGCCCGGUACUCGCUGUCCCGGGAGCUGCUCAAGGACUUCCCGCUGCGCCGAGUGAGCCGGCUCCACGGCUGCCGCUCCGAGCGCGACGUGCUCGAGGUGUGCGACGACUACGACCGCGAGCGCAACGAGUACUUCUUCGACAGGCACUCGGAGGCCUUCGGCUUCAUCCUGCUCUACGUGCGCGGCCACGGCAAGCUGCGCUUCGCGCCGCGGAUGUGCGAGCUCUCCUUCUACAACGAGAUGAUCUACUGGGGCCUGGAGGGCGCGCACCUGGAAUAUUGCUGCCAGCGCCGCCUCGACGACCGCAUGUCCGACACCUACACCUUCUACUCGGCCGACGAGCAGGGCGUGUUGGGCCGCGACGAAGUGCGACCCGGCGGCGCCGAGGCGGCCUCCUCCCGACGCUGGCUGGAGCGCAUGCGGCGGACCUUCGAGGAGCCCACGUCGUCGCUGGCAGCGCAAAUCCUGGCCAGCGUGUCGGUGGUGUUCGUGAUCGUGUCUAUGGUGGUGCUGUGCGCCAGCACGCUGCCAGACUGGCGUGCCGCGGCCGCCGACAACCACAGCCUGGAUGACCGGAGCAGGUACUCUGCCGGCCCUGGGAGGGAGCCCUCCGGAAUAAUUGAAGCUAUCUGCAUAGGUUGGUUCACUGCAGAGUGCAUCGUGAGAUUCAUCGUCUCCAAAAACAAGUGUGAGUUUGUCAAGAGACCCCUGAACAUCAUUGAUUUACUGGCAAUCACGCCAUAUUACAUCUCCGUGUUAAUGACCGUGUUUACGGGCGAGAACUCUCAACUCCAGAGGGCUGGAGUCACCUUGAGGGUGCUUAGAAUGAUGAGGAUUUUUUGGGUGAUUAAGCUUGCCCGUCACUUCAUUGGUCUUCAGACACUUGGUUUGACUCUCAAACGAUGUUACCGAGAGAUGGUUAUGUUACUUGUCUUCAUUUGUGUUGCCAUGGCAAUCUUUAGUGCACUUUCUCAGCUUCUUGAACAUGGGUUGGACCUGGAAACAUCCAACAAGGACUUCGCCAGCAUCCCCGCUGCCUGCUGGUGGGUGAUUAUCUCUAUGACUACAGUUGGCUAUGGAGAUAUGUAUCCUAUCACAGUGCCUGGAAGAAUUCUUGGAGGAGUUUGUGUUGUCAGUGGAAUUGUUCUAUUGGCGUUACCUAUCACUUUUAUCUACCAUAGCUUUGUGCAGUGUUAUCAUGAGCUCAAGUUUAGAUCAGCUAGAUAUAGUAGGAGCCUCUCCGCUGAGUUCCUAAAUUAAUACAUUGCAAAUCAACUCCUGCAUACACUCCAUUUGAUCAAAAGGGUUGACGCUACUUCAUAUUCAUGUAUUUCUUGCAAGGUGAGCACUGCAGUAGUACUGUCGUCAUCUUGUUAGGGUAACACUGAUUCGUCCCAGCUGAAGGGAUAAAAUAGUUUAUUUACUGCAGAUUAAAUAGCACCGAGACUGCAAAGGAAAAGUAAUGCCUCCUGGAGUAAGUUUUAGGACCUUGUUUCCUUUAGACUCAUCUCCCCCUUGCCUUGAACAACUGCACUUUUUUUUGUUUUCUUAAAGCACAUGAUUUGAAAACCAAAAGGUACUAUUUUCCAAAUGUUUUUCCAUCUUACGAGUUCAGAAGAAGCUUGGAACUUAACAGUGUUGUUUUUUGUUGGAGAGUAACAUUUUUAUUUCUAAAUGCUUUAUAAUCGCUCAUAUCAAAGUCAGAAGUAUCCCAGAAACAUAUGCCACAUGCAGGAACUGUUUAACAAAUACUUUUUAAAAUUGGCUAAAUUUUAAGCUAGAGAAUGGAGCUACAUACAAGCAAGAAUAAUAUUUGAAAAACUUUUCCAGCAUACUUCUCAAUUCUCUGAUUGAUUUUUGUUCCUAAUAUUCAUCUUAUAGCACAGCUUCACGGAAGCCUGAGAAUGUUCUCCUUUUUCCAUUUUAGAUUUCAUUUAUCUCUUCACGGAAACGACUCAAAAAAGUAUUUAUGAAUGAAGAAAACUUGUAUUGUUUAGCAUUUUAUUGGAUAAUUUUGAAUUCAUUGCUGCAAUUGUCCUAACAUUCAGAUGUCCAAACAAGAAUAUUUUCAACAUAAAAAAAUGAUGAUAGAAAUAAUGUGAUAUUGUUCAAUAUUACCACCCAUAUUUAUGAGUUCUUCUGCUCUUAAUUUUUUUUUCUUCUCAA